AUGGCUACCCCUACUGUCCUCGCUUUUGACGCUGAAGGUCGAGCCAUUGACUUUGACGUCUGGGUCGACGACCUGCAGCUAUUCUUACAGUGCGAUAGGGCAGACGGUCUCUCUCUCUUUGACCUCACCUCUGGCGCCUCUCUUGCCCCUACUGCUGAUGCUGACGCCGCUGUUCGCUCCCAGUGGGCCACGCGCGACGCUGCUGCACGUCUUGCUGUGCGUCGCCACCUGCCUACCACUGAGCGCGCGCAAUUUAGUCAGUACAAGAGUGCUCAGACCUUGUACGGCGCUGUAGUUGCGCGCUACUCUUCCCCUGCCACUACUGCACUGAGCCGCCUCAUGCUACCGUACCUCUUCCCUGACCUUGCUGCCUUUCCCACUGUCGCUAACCUUAUUACGCACCUCCGCACUAGUGACACUCGCUACCGCGCCGCGCUUCCUGCUGAGUUCUGCGCCAAGAACCCACCCCCCAUGUACAUCACUCUCUAUUAUAUAGUCACCCGCCUCCCUGACUCCCUUCGUGUAGUCAGGGACCACUUCCUCUCAGUCUGUCCCACCACUCUCACUGUUGACCUCCUAGAGAAGGCCCUCCUAGCAGUGGAGAAGAGCUUAGUCGCUGUAGGAGCCUCUCGUGGUGACCCUUGCACCCCCAUCUUUGAGGGGUGUUCCCCUUCCCCCUUUUUGCCCUCUCUCGCCUCUGCUGCUGCGGCCGACCUCGUUGGUCUUGAGUCGGUCGGUGCGGCGUCUGCCCCUAGCGGGAGACGCCGCUCUGGCAAUGGCAAGGGGGGCAAGGGCGUGGGUGGAGCUAGCGGGGGUGGUGGAGGUGGCGGUGGAGGCGGCGGAGGGAGUGGGGGUGGCGGUGGGAGUCGUGGCGGGGGUGGAGGUGUCGGUGGCAGCAGUGGAGGCAGAGGCGGCGGAGGCGGUAGCGGUGGGAGCGGAGGCGGCGGUGGUGGCGAGGGUGUAGGAGGCAGUGGUGGAGGAGGUGGAGCUGGUCGGGGUGGCGCUUCGCAGCGGAGCGGCUCCGAUGGUGGUGUAGCUAUCUAUGAUCUUGAAUUUGAUGCUAUCCUUGCUGCCAUGUAUGCUGUGACUAUUAGUGUGGAGGGUGACUGUUUCCAGUGUUUCCCGCCCGACCCGGGCAUUGAGACUGCUGCUCUAGGUACUGAUGAGGCUGCUGCUCUAGGUGCCAGUGCGUCUGCGUCCUCAGGUGCUGGUGAGUCUGCGCUCUCAGGUACCGCGUCGGCUUCGGCCUCCCUCACCUUCACACUUGACUCAGGGGCUUCUCGCUCCUUCUUUCGAGACCGCACCUCACUCACGCCGCUUGGUCGCUCGGUUGCAGUCUCCCUGGUAGACCCCUCUAAGGGCCCUGUCCUCUCUCACUUCUCUACUGUCCUCCCGUGUCCUGCUGUCCCCUCUGGCACCUUGUCUGGUCUUUACCUCCCCUCGUUCUCUACGAACUUGGUGAGUGGUGCUGACCUACAGGAUGCGGGGGUUCACCAGUUUACUCUUGCGAGUCAGCGGGUGACCCAGUGCUCGGACGCUUGCACAGGCAGGCACCUGGCCACGUUUACGCGUCGGCCGGGGUCGAGCCUCUACACCCUGACCACUGAGUCUCCUCCUGUCCCUGCGUCUGGCCAGGUAGCUGCGUCGGGUCAGGUGUUUGCUGCAGCGUCCAGGUCUGGUCCUGAGUCUGCCCCCGGCUCGUGUCGCCUCCUCUCUCACAAGACUCUCCUGUGGCACCAUCCUCUUGGUCACCCCUCCCUGCCUCGUCUCCGAGGCAUGGCUUCCCGUGUCCUUGUCUCUGGUCUUCCCCGGUCCCUCCCUCCCCUUCCUCCGGGGCCUGGUCCUUCCUGCGUCCCCUGUGUCGAGGGGCGGCUCCGGGCUGCCCCUCACUCCUCUCAGUUUCCCCCGACAGAGGCCCCGCUGCAGACGCUUCACAUGGACGUGUGGGGCCCGGCCCGCGUCCGUGGACAGGGUCACGAGCGCUACUUCCUGCUGGUGGUUGACGACUACUCGCGUUACACCACAGUCUUCCCCUUGCGCAGCAAGGACGAUGUCACUGAGGCGAUGCAUCUGCGUUCCGUGUCUGGGGAUCUCGGGCGUUUGUCCUCGACUUAUCUGCGGACAAGCUGUCCCCUCGUGCUGCCUUGUGUCUUCCUCGGCUUCCCCCCUGACGCGCCAGGGUGGCAGUUCUACCACCCCUCCUCUUGUCGUGUUCUGUCCUCCCAGGACGUCACGUUUGAUGAGUCGGUCCCCUACUACCGUCUCUUCCCCUACCGCACUCCUUCCCUCCCCCCGCCUACGCUCUUCCUUGUGCCAGGUCCCCCCCCGGUAGACCCCCUCUCCCCUCAGGGUCCUGCCCCUUCAGAUGUGUCCCAGGUAGACGCACUCGAGCCGGUCGAGGUUGCUGGUGACUCUGGUACUGCUGCGGGUGCUGAGCCUAGGGGUGCUGACUCUGGGGGUGUUGCGCAAGUGGGUGCUGAGCCUGGGGGAGCCGCGUAG